AUGAUGGAUGGGGAGAGACCUGUGAUUAUCGACUUCGACUCAUGCAAGAGAAAAGGGGAUGAACUAGGCCUCAAGGCUGGAACUAGCGGCUGGGCAAUGGAGGGCAUAAUCUAUGCAAAGCCGGAAAACGACUACCUUUGCCUCUCAAAGAUACGAGAAUUCAUGAUGGGAGGGGAGGAGGGGAAACCGGAGGAGCACCUCUGUCCAAAAUCAUACCUAUCACACUACGGGGUCGGCGCUAUGGACCCCCUUACGGCUAUUAGCCUUGCCGGCAACAUCCUUACAUUUAUUGACAUUUCCUAUAACGUUAUCUCCGGAGUAAACAAAGUUCUUUCUACUGCGAAUGGCAUGACCCCCGAGAACGAACGUCUGAGUGUUUUGGUGGAAGAUUUGAGUUCUAUCACACAGGACUUGGUCACAGACAUCCCGGCCCAGACCGAAAACGAAAAGCAGCUCUGUGCCUUGGCUGCAAACUGCCAUUCCUUGUCCGGAGAACUCUAUCAAAUCCUCCGACGUUUGAGAGUGGGAGAUAAGAAAUCAAAAUGGGAGGGCCUGGUGGUGAAGUGGCAUAGCAUGCGGAAGGAGAAGGAGAUUGAUUCGAUUGAGCGGCGACUACAUGGGUAUCAAUCUCAAAUCUUGAUCCGACUACAAGUUAUGUUCAGCCAGAAAACCGAUGAGCAGAACUCUUUAGUCAAUCGCCAACUGGAGGCCCUUCGGAGUGAGGGCAAAGCUCUUCAAAAUCAGUCGACAACCCAGCUAGAUGAGUUGUACCAAACUAUUUCGACGCUGGUGAACUCCCUUCAGUCGGCUCCAGGACAGGAUAAAUCACAUGGGUCACAACAGGGACCGUUGGCAAAAUUGGGCGCUUCUUUGUUCGAAUUCCAAACUGUCACAACUUCGAUUUCUCGAGGAAAUAAGAUCCUGGAGCUUCUGGCAUUUAAAUCGAUGUACAGUCGCGAGGACAGCAUCGGAAAUGCCGAGAGUGGGACUUUCGAGUGGAUGGUCGACGAAAAGUCUCAAUCAGUAGAUGACCCGAGCAACCCUCCUCUCGAGCCCGAAGAAAUGUAUGGCGAGGGGAGGAGGGAAAAGAGGUGGCUGAGAAAGCAGGAGUCCCUGCGAAAGUGUACUCGAGAGGAGUUUCUCACCUGGCUCGACUCUGGCCGCUAUAUCUUCCAUAUAUCAGGCAAGGCAGGUUCUGGGAAAUCAACUUUGAUGAAGUUUCUGUCCGAGUCGUCUCGGGUCAAGAAAAGGUUAGAAAGCUGGGCUGAGGGUCGACCCUUGAUAUUUGCCCGAUUCUUCUUCUGGAAUUCGGGAGAUAAGACACAGAUGUCUCUUGAGGGUUUAUAUCGAAGUCUGCUAUUUGAGACGUGCAGGCAAAUGCCCAUUUUAAUUCCCCGGCUCUUCCCAGAGUUGUGGGCGAGUUCAAAUACCGGGGUGACUCAGAUCCGCUUUCAUGAAGUCAGAGACGCAUUCACUCGCCUGAUUAAGGAAGAAAGCAGUUCGGAAUGUUAUUUCUGCUUCUUCAUUGAUGGGCUGGAUGAAUUUGAGGGUGACGAGGUCGAUCACUGGAGGCUUUCUCGAGAUCUUCAGACUUGGACAACACAAGCGAAGAAUAUGAAGCUUUGUGUCAGCAGUCGCCCUCACAUUCCUUUUGUUCAGUCCUUCGCAAAUGACCUGAAUCAUCAAGUUAGCAUCCACGAGCUCACCCGAGACGAUAUCUCCAAGUUUAGUAUGGCCAUGUUUGAAAAUGACCCCAACUUCGAUAGAAUCAAGGAUUCAUAUGAAAACUUAGUCAUUGAGAUUGUGAACUCUUCAGAUGGGGUAUUUCUCUGGGCGCGGCUGGUUGUGCGCUCUCUCUUGAAGAGUAUAGGAUACCAUGGCAGCGAGAAAGACUUAGAGAGAAAGCUUCACUUGAUGCCCAAGGGGCUGGAUGAGCUAUUUGACCAAAUCCUUGGCUCCAUAGAUCCGGACGACCAGCUGCUCUCGGACCAAUUGUUCCUCUUGACAACUCCCGAUUUUUGCCAGUGGCAGCCAAUUGUCCUGAAUGCGAUAGCAUAUUCAUGGCUGGAGGACCUCGAGGACCCGGGGUUUCCUUAUGAACUACCGAUGCAACCCUGUAAAGUGAGCGAGAUCAAUGAGCGACUUGAGCGUGUCUCGUGUACUUUGGAUCGCCUUUCUCGUGGCAUGCUCGAGAUGUCACCACAGCGCAGCCGUGAAAAAGACGGACAUGAUUAUUUCACCUAUCAAGUGCAGUUUCUUCACCGAAGUGCCCGUGAAUACAUUGUGAAUACCCGGGAAGUGCAAAUGCGAGCCCGUUUACCUGACUUCGACGUCUACUCCGGGAUAUUUCGAUUGUUGCUUGCAGAAUUCAAAUUUGCGUUAUCCACAAGAAAAGAUAUGGAAAUAAGCGCGGAUGGGUAUAGAGAUGGCCCUUUGAGGAUGGCUCUCAAUAGGGUUUUUAUCGUGAUGUGUGCUGCUAAUGAAAUUCGCGGAUACAACGUGCCGUCGCGUUUCUUCGAGGAGGCCAACCACAUUGUUCAGCAUCAUGCCCAAACGGUAGUACCAAGAACAAAAUUUCUCUCCAAAAGCGAGAUCCCAGGGCCUAAAAGUCUCAUUUUUGGCCAGUGUUUGCACCGCGUUACUAGUCAUUGGCUCACAAUAAGACCAUCGUACCAUUCUUCCGAUUUCCUGUGCGAGGUUGUUCGAUACGAUCUACAGCGUUUUCUCUCGCCUGAUCUGAUGAGCCGCUUGAAACAGCAGAACUCAAAGUCAGGCUCAGUUUUACUCCUUACAGCUGCUAUUCGACCUAAAGACUUGGGAUUUGUACGAGACCUCCUACAUGAAGGACAUACCCCCCGAGAGAUGGUUAACUUGGAGCUGAUUCCCGCAAUUUACAAAAGCAAUGUCAAGAGUUCAACAACAAUACCAGCCACCCAAGAUAGCGUUUCUGUGUGGUUGAUUUUUCUCUAUUGGUUCAUUGGGCAAUACUUUUUGGGUCAUUCUACAACUGACACAGAAAAUCAAUGUCUUGAGGAGUUCUUGCAGUACGAUGUUGAUCGCAAUGUGCUGUUUGUCAUGAAAAUAUCUUCCUCGUCCGACAAACCAAGCGAACCAGGGGAUGACGACCAGGUCCCCGAGAGAAAAAGCGGCGAGUCAGAGGAAAGACUGGUGUUUGAUUUGCCGGAAUUCCUAGAGUUGGUGAAACCAUCCAAUAUAGAGACUCUUCGCACGAAACUUUCGAACAAGGGAACCCGAGAAGACCGACUAGAAGUGACGCCCAUCUCUGGGCCUCCAAUUCCCCAUCGAAGAGGCUCUCUGUCUAAGGCCCUUGAACCUUUUCUGACCGUGGGUAAUACCCGUCAGCAUGUUGCAUUUGGAAAUCAUACCCAUUUCGAAAGUGCUAUCACCCCUUCCGAGCGGUUAGACGUGCCCUUCGCUUUCCGGAUCAGCUAA